UGUUCAAAGGGAUAGAGCACCACUGAGGUCGUAUUUUUUCUAAAUCAGGUGCAAGUGAGAAUGAGCCGCCUGGUGAGAAAAGGAAACGGACACAAAAGCUGGAUAUAUGAAACCCACCAAAAAGAGCAAGAAAAGCAUUAGGUGCAAGUGAGAAUGAGUCGCCUGAUGAGAAAAAGGAGACAGACACAGAGAUAGUUGAUGAAACCGAAGGAAAAGAAGUAGAAAAUUUACCAGUUACAGAUCAAUUCCGCCCAGGACCAAUGGCCUCAGAAACGCUCAUGGAGGAGCCCAUGUGGCUCAUUCAGAACAGCACUGGGGGGUCCCUGCAGGUGAACCCCCAGGCUGUGAAGAUCCUGGAGGGCAUCACCCAGCCAGUGGUGGUGGUGGCCAUUGUGGGAAUGUACCGCACGGGCAAAUCCUACCUCAUGAACUCCUUGGCUGGCAAGAGAAAAGGGUUCUCGAUGGGCUCCACUAUCCAGUCACACACCAAAGGCAUCUGGAUGUGGUGUGUGCCCCACCCAGGAAAACCUGACCACACUCUGGUGCUGCUGGACACCGAAGGGCUGGCGGAUGUGGAGAAGGGUGACCCGAAGCAUGACACCUGGAUCUUCACGCUGGCCGUCCUGCUGAGCAGCACCCUGGUGUACAACAGCAAAGGCACCAUUGACCAGGACUCCAUGAAUAAGCUGCACUUCGUGUCUGAGCUCUCUGAGCACAUAAAGGUGAAAGCUGAUGUGGAAGAGGAGGACGACUCUGCUCCCGACACAGAGUACAUCAGCUUCUUCCCAAACUUCAUCUGGACCGUGCGGGACUUCACCCUGGACCUGGAGAUUGAUGGGAAGGAGGUGACAGAAGACGAGUAUCUGGAGAAAGCACUGAUGCUGAAGAAGGGCCAGGGCAGGGAGGUGAUGGAGUACAACCUCCCGCGUCAGUGCAUCCGUCAUUACUUCCCCACACGCAAGUGCUUCGUGUUUAUCAGGCCGGCCAGUGAAAAGGACAUGAAGCAGCUAGAGUCACUCCCCGACAGCGCCCUACAGCCCGAGUUCCUGGAGCAGAGCCACAGAUUCUGACAGUACGUUCUCCGGGAGUCGAAGGUGAAGAUGCUGAAAGGAGGGCACCACAUCAACGGGCGAAUGUUUGGCAUGUUAGCCCAGAGCUACAUGGACUCCAUCGCCAGCGGGAAGGUGCCCUGCCUGGAGGAUGCAGUGACCACGCUGGCCACCAAGGAGAAUGAAGUUGCCAUCAGGGAGAGUCUGGCUUACUACAUGGGCCAGAUGGAGGAACAGGUUGUGUUCCCGGUGGAGGUGGCCGUGCUGUCUGAGAUACAUGGGAAUUGCAAGAAGGCAGCCCUGCAGCUGUACAUGCAGCGAUCCUUCAAGGACGAGGAUCAGAAGCACCAGAAGCAGCUGGCAACUAAGAUAAAUGAACAUUACGCGACUGUGCUGAGCAAGAACAAAAACACUUCCCAAGAGAUCUGCCAGACCCUGCUCGUCCAGCUGUCAGCUGACAUGGAGAAAAAGCUCAGAGAUGGGGUUUACAUGCAGCCUGGUGGGCAUGAGCUGUACAUGAAAGACCAGAAACAAGUGUUGGAGAGUUUCCAGAGGACACCCAAGAAAGGAGUCAUGGCAGAGCAGGUACUGGAGCAGUUCAUGGACAGUAAGAAGACAGAAGCAGACACCAUUGUCACCGCUGACAAAAUGCUGACAGAUGUACAAAAGCACCUGGCGGCUGAGAAGGCAAGAGGGGAGCAACUGGAGCAGCAGUUCAAGGCAGAGGAGGAGAGAAGGCAGCAGCUGGAGCAGCGGAUGAGAGACGUGGAACACAGCCACCAGGAGAACAUUAGACAGAUGGAAGCCAAGAUGGAGGAGGAGAACACCAAGAUGAGGCAGGAGAUGGACAGAACCAUAGAGUGCAAGCUGAAGGAGCAGGAGAAGUUAUUGCAGCAGGGCUUCUCAGAGAGAGCCAGAGAGUUGCAAGAGGAGAUGGACAGGCUGCAGAAGCAAGGAAAAGAGAGAGAGGAGAAACUGCAGCAGCAAUUGCACGAGAAGCACCAGCAAGAGAGAGAAGAAAAGGAGAAGCAGCGCCAGCACGAGAGAGAUGAAAAGGAGAAGGAGCGCCAGCAUGAGAGAAAUGAAAAGGAGAAGCAGCGCCAGCAUGAGGAGCGCCAGCACGAGAGAGAAGAAAAGGAGAAGCAGCGCCAGCAUGAGGAGCGCCAGCGAGAGAGAGAAGAAAAGGAGAAGCAGCGCCAGCACGAGGGAGAAGAAAAGGAGAAGCAGCGCCAGCAUGAGGAGCGCCAGCACGAGAGAGAAGAAAAGGAGAAGCAGCGCCAGCAUGAGGAGCGCCAGCACGAGAGAGAAGAAAAGGAGAAGCAGCGCCAGCAUGAGGAGCGCCAGCACGAGAGAGAAGAAAAGGAGAAGCAGCACCAGUACGAGGUGCGCCAGCGAGAGAUAGAAGCAAAGGAGAAGGAGCGCCAGCAUGAGGAGCACCAGCGAGAGAGAGAUGAAAAGGAGAAGCAGCGCCAGCACGAGAGAGAAGAAAAGGAGAAGCACCGCGAGCAUGAGAGAGUAGAAAAUGAGAAGCAGCGCCAGCACGAGAGAGAGCAAAAGGAGAAGGAGAUUGAGCUGGAGAAAACGAAGCGGAGCCAUUGCUUACAGUCCUGAGCCUGGCCGGAUCCCGUGCUGAGGGGACUGAAGAAAUGUUCAGAUGAUUUGGAGGGAAUGAUGCUCACCAAGCUUUACAAAAUCCACAGCUGAAGCAAGUCCGGGCCUAGUGAUCAGCUCUGGGGCCUCUGCUCUGUGCUCUCUUUGCCCAUCUGCUGUGACACUCCCCUCUGCCCUGUUAGAGUUCAAUGUACAAGGUAGUUUUCCUGUUUCAUCUGCUGUGUGGUGAGGUUUGCUGGUGGAGAUUAAAGCUUUCUGUAGAACUGA